CUUCUCAAAACCCACAUUUUCUCCCACAAAUCUAAGUUAUCUAAAUAUUUAUUUCAUAAGUUAUUAAAUUAGAUAUUUUCUUUAAUUUCUGCUUCUAAGUACACUUAACACUUUUUCUAAAAAAGAUGUCACAAAAAAGUGUAAGGAAAAAUGUAGUAGAGAAGAGUAGCAAAAUAGGGUGGUUUAAAACAAAAGAAAAUCCAAACCAAAACAACAACCAUAGCUUCUUUAAGAACUUCAAGAAGGUGUAUCCAUUAGGAAUCCAUAGGAGCAACUCCUCACUCUCGGUGUCGUCGAUCUCGUUAUCGACGAUGUCUCAAACCUCCACGGAUUCAUCCCUUACGGAUUAUUCAUGCCCUUUGGAUCAUAAGAUUUUGUUAUCACUCGAAUCGCUUCGAAAGGUUUCGAUUUUGACCUCUCCUCAUAAGAAAGAUCAGGCACCAAUGCUUGUUACUAGUACUAUGGUUGAGCCGCAACUGCCUAGUCCCUAUAAACCUUGUGAUUAUCAUAAUAGCAAUGGUGUGCUCAAGAGGUGCCUUUGGAUUACCAAAAGUAGUGAUAACGCGUAUGUAACAUUCCAUGACGAACAAUGGGGAGUACCGGUAUAUGAUGACAAUCAAUUGUUCGAGCUGCUAUCAAUAUCUGGUAUGUUGAUGGAUUACAAUUGGACUGAUAUUCUCAAAAGAAGAACCCAAUUCAGAGAAUCAUUUGGAGGAUUUGAUGUGAAUUUCGUAGCGAACAUGGAGGAGAAUAAGAUCAUAGAGAUAUCAUCGAACAAGGAACUCGGUUUAGCAGAGUGUAGAGUCAGGUGCAUUGUCGAGAAUGCCAAAGGAAUUAUCAAGGUAAUGAAAGAGUAUGGAUCAUUCAGCAGCUAUAUAUGGGAGUAUUUCAACUAUAGGCCUAUUAUAAACAAGUAUAGAUAUCCAAGGAAUGUGCCUUUGAGGACUCCUAAAGCUGAGAUCAUAAGCAAAGACCUAGUUCGGCGAGGGUUCCGGCUUGUGGGACCGGUCAUCACUCAGUCCUUUAUCCAAGCAGCUGGGAUGACUAUUGAUCAUUUGAUUGAUUGUUUUAGGUAUAACCAAUGUGUUAGCCUUGCUGAGAACCCUUGGAGGCAUGGUUAACUUAUUAUACAAUUAAGUAUAUACUAUAUAUGUGCAUAUAAUUAACUUGCUUCCUACUUACAGGGAGUUAUUUUUAUUUAAUUAUUAUUAUUAUGUAACUUUUAUUGUAAUUUUAUACAUGCAUACAAAUUUUCGACAACAAAGAGUUAAUCGAUCUUCAAUAAUCAAUACUACAACCUGAAUUUAUUUA